UCCUGUUUAACUUUUAGGUCUUAAAGUAAGGUUGUGUCAGGCUCAGGGAAAAUGAACUUUGAGUUGUAAUGAUUAGACAUGUCAAGUGUUGGGAAACCAUGUCACUCUGCUGGGAAGGAGAGCAGAGCUUCUGAGAGAUCAGCACAGGAAAAGAAGCAAGGGAAAGUGUCGGAGGAAUGUCAAAGUGCUAUGAAUGAGGAGCAGCGUCCCACUGUCAAAGCAGAGGACAUACCGGCCCUGGCCAUCAGACCUGAACAUCUAGAGAAGCUGCGAGCCCCUCAACCCCCAAAAGACUCCCCGAAACCCAGGGCUAUGAGUCGCGUGCUGGUCCGUAAGACCCGGGCUCCUGAUGAUCACAGCACCGGUGCGAGGGUUGCCAUGGCAAAGCUCCUCCCUAAGAGUGCUGUACCGCAACCACUGGAUUAUACAGAUCCAGGAGGGCCACGCUUUGACGCCAAAGGGAUGGUCCUACCGCACAGCAUCCUGGGAAGUCUGGAGGACUUUAGGAAGGAGAUGGAAGCUAGAGGAGAGGUGGAGUUCGUCAAGCGAAUACCUGAUCUGAAGGAACAACAGCAUUUAGAGUUUGGAGAGCAGAAGCUUGAUGAAAGGACCAGAUCUCCUCCAGAGCAUCAACAGGACCAACAAAGACAUGCGCUUGAACACUGGCGUUAUCACAUGGCUGAGAGACGCAGGCAGCAGAACUUCAUCUCCAAUUUGUUGCAGAAGCCGGUGGAGGAUCUGCUGAUGAACCAGGCCAACAGAUUCCGAGAAACUCAGGAGCAGAGAGAACUGAUCAGCCGAGGACUUCCUGCACUAUAUAAUGGACAUGGUGCCGGUGUGGGCAGUGAGUUCUGGAGUGCUCCGCAGCGAUAUGGGGACGAACUGAGUGGAAUCAUGGCCACACUGACCCAGAGAGAGAGAGGAAACGUGAAACCAAUGACACACAUCACACAGCCUCAGAGUACACGCUUAGAGACAGGUAAUGUGCUAUCUGAGCGCCCAAUGACUAGAGCGUGGAGUCACAGUCAGUACCUGAAGCACCGCCAAAAUGAACUCAGAAAUGUACUGAGCGACCUCGACUUCAAUCAGCCAGAGAUGGAUGGGCUGGAGAUUGUGGGUUCGAGUCAACCUUUCACAUCUGACUCAGUGGAGGAAUGUAAAAAGCAGGAGCAGAAUGAAGAGGACGGAAGCGAGGUGGAGCAUAAAGAGAAUGAGGACCCGCUGGCCAUUUUUGAUGAUGUCAUGCUAGGUGUGGAACUGCUUCCUGCCCUGAGGAUCAAUGGAGAACUGGCACGCUGGAACGGAAGCACCACCUCUCAUCAGGAUGAGGUUGGUGUCUCUGUCUACAUGACAUUUGAGGCUGUGGUGGGCGAAAGCACAUGCUCUCACCUGGAACUGAGGAAUGAUGGGAGCACAGCCAUCUACUACAGCUGGCAGAAGCUAGAACUGCCACAAAGCUUCCCUGAGGCCAGAACGCAUGUAUACACUCAGGAAUUCUACUUUAACACAGCUACAGCUGUCAUACUGCCAGGUGAUACUGAGAGAAUUCAGUUCAUCUUUAAGCCUGUGUGUCCUGGAAUCGUCACAGAGGUGUGGAAGCUGCACACACACCCUGUGCUGCUGGGCGGAGCCAUGCUUCAGGUCACACUGAAGGGCAGGGCUCUGUACCAGGACAGAACCGCUAAACAGAGAACAGCCCUCGAGCUGGAGCUGGAACGGCGUGUGGCCGAGUCAGUGUGCAGGUCUGUGCUGAUUGAAUUGCUGCAUGGGAUUCAUACUCCAGAGAGGCCAGGAUCACCAGAUGAGCUCUAUUCGACAGAGGAUGAACAAUUUAAUGCCCAUAAUCCGAAUCUGCACUUUCAUCACGAGCCAGUGGAGGCAUUAAAGGGCCUGUGGGAGCAGGCAAAUUGGACAACAGUCAACAAGUUAGGAGGUACAAGAUAUGAACCCCCACAUGGCCCCAAUGUUUGGGAUCUGAGCAUGAGCAGCCUUUAUCAGGUGGUGAUGUCUUUGCCACUGAGAGACGGAGACGCGCUCAAGGAGCAAGCCGGAUUGUGCAGGGAGGAAGCUCUCAGCCGAUACAACUCAUUAUUGUUGCAGCUCCACCAACCACAGCACGUCCCAGUCCCACUCACACUGCAUGCAAUAGGGCUGCAAUUAUGGAGGGAGCUGGUGGAUGGCGUAGCCAGCGAGGCUCUGCGGCUCAGACAUUUGCUAGGACUUCCUGAGAAUGUUAACUGGGGAGACCCACAUCAUGAAACAGACAUCUUGGAAAUGGCAGCGAAGGACGAGGUGUUGGAGACAAAAGCAGCACUAAUGAUCAAAGAGAAGGAGGAGAAGAAAAGUGCAGCCAGACCUACAGCCAAGGAGGAGCAUGGCCGAGGUAAGAAGAAACCCAAAGUGGACGAGGAGUUGUUGGAGAAGGAGCUGAACACAAAUGCGUGCUCCACCACGGAGAGCGCUCAACAACACGAUGACAUGAUGCGUGAAUUACAGCGAAGAUACAGACACACUAUACACCGACAGGUGUACGUCCUUGUGGAGAAUAUGAUCGACGCUCUUGGUGAUCUAUUCGAAGAAGCUCAGCAAAUCCAAGAAAACCUAAACAAAAGCACCUGAAACAUUUCUUUCUAGCAUUUAUCAGAGAUCUGCAGCCUUCAUCAAAAUGUUGCUCUAGUGCGUGGUCGUUCAGAACCUGUUUCCUCAUGGGAACUAUUCACAAUCAACCCAGUUCAUGGAGACCUCAAACGAACUGAUGAGGAGCACUAAAUACAGUACUUUGUCUAGGGGUGCAGAACUUUCAUGCCUUGUUCCCACUAACAUUAUCUCCAACUCCAGUGCUGUAAAUGUUCUCCAUGUCUAUCUUUUCUCCCAUUUCCAGUCCCAUUCUGCUUAUAGACCACCCAUCUCUAGCCUCAUCCUGUCCUCCUGAACCCUGUAUCUAUCUCUACCACUUUCCAAGAAUUUCCAACACCAUCUUCAUUCUUUUCAAAACCAAAAGUUUUACCUCCUACCCUGUGAGAUCUUCAUAUUCCCUACAUAAUUCCAUAGAUGUAAAGCCUUCUACUCCUUUCUGAAAUGAGCUAAAACAAGUAUGCCUUGUAUAAAGAAAGCAAAGGGAACAAGUAAAAGUAACGGCAUUAUAGAUUUUACACUAGCGGUGUAUUUAGAGAUGGAGCGAAUGGCUGUGUCGGCUUCAGUAUUGAUGCGUAUCCAACAUUUAAUGUCUCUGAUUUGAUGAACACAAACAACUCACACUUUAUGUUGAGAGGUUAUGAUC